AUGGCACCGCGAAUUACCACCUCAGAUAAGGACAUACAUCUUGAAAGCUCUGUAUACAACUUAACACGCAUACCCCGGAGUAAUAUUUCGGCCCUGCUCAGUUUUGUGAGCUCUGUAAGGAGUGUGGUAGACGACAUGCUAGGUAAUAUCAAAGCUAUGUUAAUAUGCUUUACUGUACGGUUUCAAGAUUUCAAUGAUGGCUGA